GCAAGUCAUUCGGUUAUCCACUGAGAUACCCCCCGGAGAGAGAGAGACUUUUUUUUACAGAUUAUCAGCGAUUAGCGAUAGGGGCCCGGUAGCCAAGCGAUAAAGCAACAAGUUCCCAUAGGUUUUUCUUAUAAAUUCAACAUAUACCCGUUAAAUUGACCAGUCCAGUUCAAGAUGCCAAAAGGAGUACAACCCACAGCCGAGCAGGUUAAUGAGGUAAAGACCCGUUUCCUGCAGAACCUCGCAGCGGAACCACCAGCAGUUCCAUUCCAUCCUAGCGAUUUGGCUAGAAUUAAGGACAGCGAUGUCUGGAUCACACAGCUGCUGGAAGCCUACAAAUUGGAUGUGGAGAAGGCUAUUAUUCGUCUCCGACAGAACUGCGAGUGGCGUCAGAGCUUUGGCACCAAUGAUAUCAACGAGACGAAUGUGAACCAGGAGUAUCUCAACGACGGUGAGAUCUUUGUGCAUAACCAGGAUAAGGAUGGCAUGCCCCUGCUCAUUGUGAACAUGUCCAAGCACAAUAAGAACAAGAAUCAGGAGGAUCUUAUUCGCGUUAUGGUCUACUGGGUGGAGCGUAUUCAACAUGAGACAAAUUAUUCCAAGAAAAUUACGCUUUUCAUGGAUAUGACUGACGCUGGACUUGGCAACCUGGAUCUGGACUAUAUCAAGGCUAUUAUUGGAUUGUUCGAGACAAAAUAUCCCAAUGCACCCAACUACAUUGUGGUUCAUGAUCUUCCCUUCCUGCUAAAUGCGGCAUUUAAAAUUGUGAAAGGUUUUAUGCCCCCGGAGGCUUUGGAGAUUCUGAAGGUGACCACAAAGAAGGACAUCAACGAGUAUGUGGACAAGGACAACUGCCUGAAGGUCUGGGGCGGCAAUGAUGAUUACGUCUAUAAAUUCCAAGCUAAAUAAUUUUAAACUGUAUUUGAGCAUGUAAAUAAUACGAUAUUUAUUUAUCUGAG